UCGUCGGCCUUCAAGAUAGAGUCCCUCAGGAGUAAGGUUGACCUGCUCAAGCUGCCUCUGGCCCUCUCCACCAAGUCUAUCUCUGAGCGCAAGAGUCAGCUGGGAGGAGCGGGUGAGCAGCGCGGCUCGGGAGGAGGAGGAGGAGGGGGGGGGGCCCGCAAAGCCCGCCCACUGCCGACCCGGGACAUGGACAACGAGUCGCAGUACUCGGGCUACUCCUACAAGUCCUCUCACUCCCGCAGUUCCCGCAAGCACAGGGAUCGCAGGGACAGGCACCGGUCUAAGAGCCGAGAAAGUAGCAGCCGUGGAGAUAAAUCAGUCACCAUCCAGGCUCCCGGGGAGCCCCUGCUGGAUGCAGAGUCCACCCGUGGAGAUGACAGGGAUGACAACUGGGGCGAGACCACCACAGUGGUCACUGGUACCUCGGAGCACAGCGUCUCCAACGAAGAUCUGACACGCGUCUCCAAAGAACUAGAGGAGUCCACUCCGCUGGAGUGCAAGCGCUUCGUUGGCCCAGCGCUGGGCGGCUGCCUCAGCCUCUUUGCCCUGAUCACCCCUCUGGCCUUCCUGGUCCUCCCCCAGGUACUGUGGCGUGACACCCUGGACCCAUGUGGCACGCCCUGCGAAGGCCUCUAUGUUUCACUGGCCUUCAAACUCCUGGUCCUCCUCAUCUCCUCCUGGGCACUGUUCCUCAGACCACCUCGUGCCACCCUGCCACGGUUCUUUGUCUUCCGCUGUCUGCUGAUGGUACUGGUGUUCCUAUUCGUGGCGUCCUAUUGGCUGUUCUAUGGCGUGCGUGUGCUGGAGCCCAGGGAGAGGGACUAUAGGGGGAUCGUGGAGUACGCCGCCUCGCUGGUGGACGCCCUCCUCUUCAUCCAGUACCUGGCCCUGGUGUUGCUUGAGGUCAGACACCUACAGCCGGCCUUUUGCCUCAAGGUGGUCAGGACCACGGAUGGAGCAAGCAAGUUCUACAAUGUGGGCCACCUCAGCAUCCAGCGGGCAGCCGUCUGGGUUUUAGACCGUUAUUACAGCGACUUCCCUGUCUACAACCCUGCCCUGCUCAACCUGCCCAAGUCCAUCCUCUCAAAGAAGAUGACUGGUUUCAAGGUUUACUCUCUGGAUGAGAACCCCACCAAUAACUCUACAGGCCAGUCUCGGGCCAUGAUAGCAGCAGCCGCAAGGAGGAGAGACAAUUCCCACAACGAAUACUACUAUGAGGAGGCUGAGAUGGACCGUAGGAUCCGCAAACGCAAGGCCAGGCUGGUAGUAGCAGUUGAGGAGGCCUUCACACACAUCAAGCGCCUUCAUGAGGACGAGGUCGCGUCUUCCCCUAAACACCCCAGAGAGGUGAUGGAUCCCCGGGAGGCUGCCCAGGCCAUUUUUGCCCCCAUGGCCAGAGCCAUGCAGAAGUACCUGAGGACCACCCGUCAGCAGCCCUUCCACAGCAUGGAGAGCAUCCUCACACAUCUUCAGUUCUGCAUCACGCACAACAUGACCCCCAAGGCCUUCCUGGAGCGCUACCUCACCCCCGGCCCCACCAUGCAGUACCAGAGAGAGAACGGCAGAGGGCGCCAAUGGACACUGGUGAGCGAGGAGCCAGUGACCACCGCCCUGCGCCAGGGCCUGGUCUUCUCGCUGCGGCGCCUCGACUUCUCCUUGGUCGUCACGGUGACGCCCCUCCCCUUCCUUCGCCUUGGUGAGGAGUUCAUCGACCCCAAGAGCCACAAGUUUGUCAUGAGGCUGCAGUCAGAGACGUCGGUGUAGAAAGCGGAUCACAGGGCAGCCCCUCAUCAUGCCCCCCAACACGUGUCCCCUCAUCUUCCUUUGUCUCCUCACAUUGUGCUUUCUCCUCCUCAAUUACUGAUCUUACGUGAUGUGACACAAGUUGAAGCAAUGUAAUCCAUACUCAUUCAAUGUUUUCCCCAGUCUGAGACACGAAGAGAAAAUGAUUCAAGAGGAGGAAGUCAUUUUUGAGCAUUUGGACCCAACAGAAAUUUAACCCCCCCCCCCUCUCCAAAGGGCUGGAUUCAAUGACCACCUUCUCAUUGCAUCAUCCACAUAGGGAUGCUCUGUUGUCAAACUGUGAUAAGCUACAUGACUCCAAAUCCCCCAAAAUGACUGCCUUGUUCAUUUCUCUUUGAUACAAUCUCCAAACCUUUGUCUAUACAUCACACUGUACAUGUUCCCAUUUUCUUUACCCUUUUUUUGGUUUAUGUUGCUGUAACCACUGGACUACAUGACUGUGCUGACUCAUCACAUUAACCACUAGAGGGGGAGAUCACAUCACCCAUCUCACUUCCUCUUCCUGAUGUCUUAACAGACCAAUCUGCAUGGCUUUGACUGCAAAGGCUGGUUCACUACAUGGAUCAGGCUGCCCGUCACUUGUAUGAUUUUGGUUGAAAAUCAUUAGGACUGUUUUCAUAUAGGUGGUGUGACUCUUUCUGUUAUUACAGAAUGUAGCGUUAUGCUUAUGGAAUUAACAAACUGUUUUUUGGCCUUUAGGCCUUAAUGUCUUUUCGUGUGUCUGUACAGAAAAAAAGGAAGUGUAUUUCUAAAUGGUUGCCUCUUCAGCCUGAGACUAUGUUGUUAUAAUUCAUGAUUGUCUACAUAUGCGACUUUUAUUUUACCCUACACUGGCCUUUGUACUCAGUUAUAAUGUUAGAAUUUUAACAGGGAGACUAAAUGGGGUUCCAUCCAUUUUUUCUGCCUUUUAACACUGUAUAUCACUUAAGAAAUUAGUCCAGAAGAAGCAGCUAUAGUUUAACUGUGAACUGAUUUCUCAGGACAUCAUUUCACAAAAUCUUUUUGUAUACAUUUUCAAACUGUUUCAACCAGCCCUGACUGUGUGAUUGUACUUCCCAUCACUGCGAGUCCUCCUGCAGUAGUAGCAUCAUCGCCACACUGUGCACAGUGCAAAUGUUGCCUCCAUCUUUCAGCCUUAACCAGGAGCGAGGGGGGAAAGUAUCUCUUAUUCUGACCACUCCCAGGUUCCGACACCUGAGACUUAAGACAGUCCCAGCUGUAUAUGCCUUUGCUGAGCCACAGUGUGACCAACUGGCCGGUUGACAUUUCAAAGGAACGUGAGUGACAAAAAUGGCCUUACAUUUCUGUGAGACUUACCCUACCAACGAACAACGGCUAUACCUGCUCGAUCGACAUACAUCAGUGUGAUCAAAAUGCAAAUGAUUGUUGCUUUCCUUUUUUCUAAAUGCAUGCUAGAAUUAUGUGGGGUUCAAAUUCACUUUUUUUUACACUUUGUUUUGAGAACUUGUUUUCUAUCAUUUUUAAGGUGCCUAAAUUAUAAUGAUGCAAUUUUCAGAAUGUUUUUACUUUUGAAAAAGAGGUGGCUUGUAAAAAAAAUUAUGUAGAUUUGUUUUGUAUUUUCUUCCCACUUUUGGUAACUGUAGUUUGUAUAGUGUUUUAGCCAUUUUUUCACUAUUAAACCAUUUAUUCCUUGUAACUAUUUUUCUCAUUAAUUUGAAGCUUAGCUUCAGGGAUCAAAACAUCACAAAGCUCAUUGGGUGACGCUUUUAAUGUGAUGCAUU